CCUGAUCAGCCGCAGAAACGGGAAUGUUGCACUGACGUGCAGCCAGUGACACACAGAAGAGCAGUAAGAAAGCGAUGAACUCGCAGCAAAACCCGUCUCUGGAACUAAUAGACACACUUAGAUCCUCUCAUCUUAAAAGCUACAGAAAAACUUUCACCUGAUUGUAAAACUGAUAUAAUACACUGAUUAGCCAUUGAAUAUCCAAGAACAGCUGGAUUCUGAGCCUUUAAAAUGGGAAACACUCUGAUCAAGAAGAAGAAGAACUACAAACUAUCCAGUGACAAAGAGGCAGAUAAAGUGGCUGAAGGCACAACAGCAGAGGAUGGAGAGGCCAAAAAGGAAAGCCAGGAAGAAGCCAAAUCCACAGAAGGGGCCACAGAAGGAAAUGCCUCACAGAAUCAGGAUGGCCAGGCUAACCAGGCUGAUAAGGCCACAACGGAGGCCAAGGAAGGAGAUAAAGAAGCCGUGAACAAGGAGGAAAGUCAGAAGCCUGAAGCCGACAAUUCGCAAGCACCCACUGACGCGAAAGCAGAGCCCCAGUCUACGGAGCCUGCUGUAGAGAAGCCUUCAGAGCCACCCCAGGCUGCCCCUGCUACUAGCCCUGCAGCAACUGAGCCAUCGGCGGCGCCUGAGUCCAGUAGUGAAGCGGCUCCCACUAAGGCCUCUGAAACCCAAGCACCUGCUCCCGAAAGCCAAACGGAAGACAAGUGCACCAGCAAGGACGAAGCAGAAGACAAACAGACUGAGGCCUCACCUGCCCCCGCCACCCAAGAGCAAAGCAAAACUGCCGAGCCCCAGAAUUUGGACUCUGCCACAAGCAACAGUGAUGCCCCUUCCAGUGAGGCACCAGCAGCAGAAGCUCCCAGCUCUACCCCAGCUGGGCCUGCAGCCUCAGACAGUGCUACCCCAGCAGACACCACAGCUUCAGAGGAUUCUUCAGCCGUUACUGAUCAAACUGUGGCUGUGCAAGAAUAAUGGAUGGGCCCCAUUCGAAAACCACUCACAACCUGCAUUAAUUUCAAAUGUACUAACAAACUUGACCCAACUGUUUUUUCCAGAAAAUACCCAAGAGGAUAUAUCAUCAGCCCCCUCCCCCGCCAUCUCCCCCCCCCCCCAUCCCUCUAUGAUGAGAAAUACCAUCAGGAAAUUUCAAACCACACUGCGAAAAAGAAUCCUGGACUUAAACAUAGAUGUCAGAAAGUUAAGUGGAUUGAAAAUAAAUCAUUUGAACAGCUGUCAAGGAUGUACCUCGCAAAUAUGUUACGGAUCCAAACCAACACAAAGGAUAAAGGUUGUGACUAUGCGGAGUGAGCGUUAAUGGGGUUGUGCCAUUGCAUUCUGAUAUUUAGAUAACAUCUUGUUUGCUUUCCAGCCUGAUUUUACGCAAUGAGGUACUGCAUCCAUCAGAUAAAAGUCACCGUACUCCCCUCUCCAUGAUCCGCCCGAUGCAGAAGUAUUUCAGACUAACAUACACUUCCCAUUGUACGUAGCCUAUCUAGAUUUCUCUUGAUCAGUUAAUGCAUGUCCGUUGUUGGGUGCACCUGUAGUUCUGUUUAACAGUAAGUGGCAAACAAGUCUGCGUUCAUUGCGAUUCCGGCUUCUUCUCCAUUCAGUGUCACUGAUGCCUCCAUCACCUCAGCACAUAUUGUUGAUGAUGAGAAAUGUAAAAUGGAUGCAUUGAAAUUAUACGUGAUUGUAUUAAUGGUGCAACAGUAAUAAAAAUUAUGAAAAAAAAGCUAACG